AUGGGCUCGUCCGACAGUGAGAAGCCCCCCUCACGCCUUCACCAGAAGAGCCUCGGGGUCACCAACCGCAUAUGGCUCAUCCUCUUCGCCUUCAUCGCUCUCAUCGCCUUCACACGCUCUGUUCUUCCUCAGGAGACGACAAGCUCACGACACCGUAUCCCCCAUGCUGACCUCAAGCCCAAGAACUACCUCAGCUUCUCCGAAGACGACCCCAACCCAUUCCCCUUCUGUCCUGCACUUGGUCCUCGCGAUGAACUUGCGUCAAAAUACGACCCCAUUGUGCUCUCUACCACCAGAUUUCAUUUGGGGAGCGGUGCGCGCAUUCAGCGUGUCAUUAACAAGGCCCUCUCUGGCCUCCCGGUCACUAUCAGCGUAGUAGGCGGUUCAGUAUCAGCAUGCCAUGGAGCCGGGAAUGACCCUCUCUCGCCAAGCUGUUGGCCCGCCCGAUUCUUCAAUUGGUGGAAUGCCGUAUUCCCCCAUCCUGCUACUGAACUCACUAAUGGUGCAAUGCGCCGGACAAGUUCGUCAUACUUCUCCUUCUGCAAUGCUCACCAUAUUCCGGACCUUACGGAUCUCGUGAUCAUUGAGUUGGACGUCGACGAUGCCAACAUGGACACAUCCAUUGAGCAAUUCGAAGUGCUUAUUCGCUCAAUAUUGCUCCGUCCAGACUCCCCUGCUGUGAUUAUCCUGGGCCACUUCAGUCCACAGGUCGCUAUGUCGAAAGGCUUUGCGGGAGCGGACCAUGGACACAGUCUUGUCGCGCAGUUCUAUGACGUCCCACACAUCAGUACCAAACCCAUCCUCCACCCGAAGUACAUGGCUGAUCCCUCCUCCGUCGACCAAUACUUCGCCGACCCCAUCCUUGCAAACCCCGCAGGCCACGAGAUCCUGGCCGACGUCCUCAUCUCCUACCUGCAAUCCCAAGUCUGCACCACCUGGGCCGCAAUCACAGGUCACUCCGCCGAAGCACUCCCCUCACCCGCCGCCCCCGUCUACCCCGACGGCCAAGCGAAACAGCCCACGGACGCGCGCGGCCUCUUCGGCGGCGUCGCGGACCGCAAAGGUGCUGCCGGGGCCGCGCCCCCCGAGAAAGGCCAAGUCGACCGCGCCGCAUUUGCCGCGCUCCCCGUACAGAACAACGCCGACCGCGAGCGCACGCCGAACCCGGACCCGCGCCUGCGCGUGCCCCCCGUGCGGAUUGACUCGCGCCCCGCGGACCUGCAGGAGCAGCCGUUCGAGGAGGUCGCGCCGUACUGCGUGUCCGCGAACGACCUCGUGAACCCGCUCCCGCUGUCGAUGUUCCAGGGCACGGGCUGGGCGGCGUUCCACCCGCCCGCGGGCGCCGCGGAGCUCUCGUCGCACGCGCACUACUUCUACUCGUCGCUGCCGACGAGCCGGUUCCGGGUGAGCAUCCAGAUCGGCGCGGGGGACGUCGCGGUGUACUACGUGAAGGAGCCCGCGACGGAGGUCGGCGCGGGGAGCGCGGUCGAGUGUCAGGUGGACGACAACUACGCGGGCGCGGUGACGAUAUACAACUCGGGCAACGUCGGGGAGCCGACGCCUACGCUGCAGAUCAUCGACAGGCACGUUCCACGAGGGUCGCACUACGUCGAGUGCCAGCUGCUGGGCGAGGAGGACGACCGGAACGUGCCCGCCUUCAAGAUCAUUGGCAUCUUCGCAACAUGA